AUCAUCCGAUCGGCGAUGUACGGGCCACGGGAAAAGGUUUUCUGGUUCGCGAUAACCAGCCGGGUAGGCGUGAUAAUGUGGCAAUUCGUCUGCAACGCGGUCUGCUCCGAUCACGACGCGGACGCAUUUAGGAGCCCUUUAAAUCCCCUGGAAAGUACGGGCUUCUUCGACCGAGUUAUCCACCGCGCCUUCAGCGGCCUGACGAGAUGGGACGCCCAGUAUUUCAUUCACAUUGCGAAAUACGGAUACACUUAUGAGAAUACUCUAGCGUUCUUCCCGCUGUUCCCUAUGUCGAUCCGCGGGGUCGCGAUGAUCAUCGGAAGGUUCCUAUUUAUCCUUAACAAAGAUAGCGUAAUCGUAAUAUCCGCGGUACUGAUCAAUCUCGCAUGCUUCGUUAAGUCAGCUGUGAUCUUCUACGACCUAAGUCUUAAAGUCCUGAAGAACAACGACGUAGCUUACAAGGCUGGCCUCCUCUAUUGUAUUAACCCUGCCAGCAUAUUUUUUACCGCCUUUUAUACGGAGUCAAUGUUCGCCUACUUGUCGUUUUACGGUAUGCUGGCAAGCGUUGGCGGUAACUCUUUCGAUUAUUUGCCCAUAGGCCUAUCUACGAUUGUCAGGUCGAACGGCUUGGUCAACCUUGGUUUUCCCGUUUACACGUGGUUGAACAAUUUCCUUACGUUAAUCGCUACGGAGUACCAAGGUACUUCGCUUUUUAAAGCUUUCAUGUCGAGCUUGUUUCGCUUUUUCCUCCUGGGACUUUCCAUCUUUAAUACCGUAUUCCUUUCUCUGGUACCUUUCAUUUUGCUCCAGGUGUACAAUUACAUGGAGUUCUGUACAAGUACGUCGGUAGGCUCGUACAUGCCGGAGCAUGUUUUGCGAUAUGGUAUCGAAAACGAUUUGAUAUUGCCGGGAAGUGGAAACGUAACGUGGUGUUAUGCUUCCGUCCCGAUGGCGUACGCUUAUGUUCAGAAGACUUAUUGGAACGUCGGGUUUAUGGAAUAUUAUACGUUCCGGCAGAUUCCUAAUUUUCUCGUCGCACUACCCGCGUUGUUCCUGAUGUACAAGUGUAGCUUAGAGUAUUUACUUCAGCAUAAGGAACGAUUGUUGACAACGGACUUGGCACCGAGAGCGAAAGAGAGGGAGAAACCCACCAGGUGGAGGUAUCCACCCGAAAUGUUUGUCUUCGUUGUCCAUGGGCUACUUCUGACACUGUUUUGCACGUUUUUUGUACAUAUACAAGUUAGUACCCGCCUGUUAGCAUCGGCCAGUCCUUUAAUAUAUUGGUACUGUGCGUUCGCGUUAUCUUAUAAGCCAAGUUCGAAGUCGAAUACUUAUGACGAAUUAGAUAACACUUUUUCCAAGUGGAGAGUGUUCUUGAUGACGCAGAAACAUUACACCGUGAUAGACAAAUUAAUUUAUAGCUAUUUCCUAGGAUACCUAGUGGUAGGGACUUUUAUGUACUCGAAUUUUUUACCGUGGACUUAGUGAUAAUAAACACUUGUGGAAUAGAAA